AUGACGGGACGUUGGCGCGAGUCGGCACGCGAAAGAAUAGCCCAAAGACAGCGAGAAAGGUACAGACACAGACCCGAGAUCCUCGAGGACCGCGACGAGCUUGCCAUGUCUCCUCGCCCAGGCUGUUACCCAGUACGCUAUCGCGACGAACACGACCGUGGAGAACUUGGGCCAUCAACACGCUACUACGCCGAACCACCUCAGCCAUACGCAGAUGAACUAGAUGAUUUCGAUCGCCAUCUUCUUGCUCAUCCUGCCCCGCAAACCGGCGAUGACGAACAAUACCAAAUCGCGCUCUCGCAUCUUAGUAGACAUGCCCGGCCUCACAUCUCCCCCGAAUACAGCUCGUAUAUGGACGCCACUAUGCCCCAGUCAAUGUCUACUGGCUUGCCUUCCUCUACCAUAGUACCUGUUCCCGAUGACCACCUCAUCCCGACUCCGAGGACACUAGACAUCAUCAGCCGUGAACCAAAUCAUCGCCUCAGGGAACUGUACGGCUCCCACCAGCAGCCAACGCCUCCAAUGCAUUCAGCUUCGUACGCACAAAGCCCAGCGAGUCAAGCGUCCACCAAAGAGACCCUUCAUAGCCUCAGUAGCUCCAGUCCCACCAUACGAGCCAGCGCGCAUAAGAAGCAUAGUGUCUCUAGACGGGCCCGUCAGAUGUCGUAUCUGGCCGAAGAGCCUAUGGAAAUAUCUCAGCCAUCACAGCAGUCACAAGCUACCCACAUAAAUCCUACUCAGUCGACCCCCAUUGUUCACGGUAUCCGGCUGGUGAGUGUACGACAGGCCUUGCCAAGCAGGUUUCAGGAAGUCUUCCCUUAUGAAUUGCUCAAUGCUGUACAAUCAAAAUGUUUUGGACUUGUCUAUGGGUCCACCGACAACGUGGUCAUAUCUGCUCCGACAGGAAGCGGCAAAACAGCCAUCUUAGAACUCGCCAUUUGCAAACUCGCCCUGGACCGAGGCAACGAAAACUUCAAGAUCGUCUACCAAGCUCCCACCAAAGCGCUUUGUUCUGAGAAGGCUAGGGAUUGGGAAAAGAAGUUUAGCCAUAUGGGCUUGAAAUGUGCUGAGCUAACCGGCGACACUUCUCAAGCUGAAAUGAGGCGAGUCGGGGAAGCUUCCAUUAUUGUUACCACUCCCGAAAAGUGGGAUUCUAUAACACGCAAGUGGCAGGAUCAUCGGAGGCUUCUUCAACUUGUCGAGUUAUUCCUCAUCGACGAAGUUCACAUCCUCAAGGACGUCCGCGGUGCUACCCUUGAGGCUGUGGUGUCGCGGAUGAAGACGAUUGGGGCUAAUGUUCGUUUUGUUGCACUAAGCGCCACUGUUCCCAACUCAGAUGACAUCGCCAAAUGGUUGGGACGCAAUCACACCACUCAACAGCUGCCCGCUUACCGUGAGGUCUUUGGCGAAGAGUUCCGCCCCGUUAAGCUGCAGAAGUUUGUCUACGGAUACGAAUGCAAUGGGAAUGACUUCAUCUUCGACAGGUUCCUGGACGGCAAGCUCCCCACGCUGCUCUCCAAACACAAUCAACGGAAACCGACUUUGAUCUUUUGCUUCACAAGGAAGUCAUGCGAGUCCACGGCCACCAAACUGGCGGAGUAUGCUUCGGGGUUGCCAGAAACUAACAGCCUGUGGCCGAUUCCAACAAAGAGAAUCCCUGUUGUCAGCCGCGAGCUGCAGGAGAUUGUUCGGUUCGGUGUUGCUUUUCAUCAUGCGGGUCUUGACGUACAAGACAGAGUUGCUAUUGAGCAGCAUUUUCUGAACGGGGAGUUGAGCGUCAUUUGUUGCACAUCAACGUUGGCUGUUGGUGUCAACCUCCCAUGUCAUACGGUGGUCAUGAAAGGAACUGUCGCUUUCAUGGACGACAAGCUUCAGGAGUACUCGGAUCUCGAGAUCAUGCAGAUGCUUGGACGAGCGGGCCGGCCACAGUUCGAUACCAGCGCUACCGCUAUCAUCUUGACGCGUGCUGCGAACAAAUUACGCUACGAAAACAUGGUCUCAGGUCGGGAAAUUCUCGAAAGCACCCUGCAUCUCAACCUCAUUGAGCACCUCAACUCUGAGAUAUGUCUUGGUACGAUCGGAGAUCUCGCUUCAGCAAAGCUGUGGCUUGGGGGGACCUUCUUGAGUGUUCGUCUCAGACGAAACCCUGAUCACUACCAACUUACAGAAGACAUUUCCAAUCCUUCUCAGAUUGACGAUAAGCUUGAAGAGAUUUGCGAGCGUGACAUAAAGCUUUUGCAAAACACCCAACUCGUGACUGCGGACGCGAAGUUCAAGUGUACAGAGUAUGGCCGUGCAAUGUCCAAGUACAUGGUGGAGUUUGAGACGAUGAAGUUGAUAUUGAAGAUUCCGCAUGCUGCCAGCACUGAGGUUCUAAUCAAUGCUCUCGCUGAAGCAGUGGAGUUCAAAGAGUUCCGCAUAAAACCCGCUGAAAGAACACUCUUCCGCGAGAUCAACAAGAACCCGCUUAUCAUGUAUCCGGUGAAAGAACAAAUCCAGCAUACUCAACACAAAAUCUCCCUGAUUGUGCAGCUUCAUCUUGGGAGUGUUCAAUACCCAGAUUCUGCCGAAGCAGCUAAGCUGAGACGACAGCUCAUGAUGGAAAAGAAGAUGAUAUUCGAAAGACUCCAGCGUCUUAGCCGUGCUGUUAUUGAUUGCAAGGGGUUUGAUCGCGAUGCCCCCGGAGUAAAGAAUGCGUUGGACUUGGCUAGGGCACUUUCCGCCGAGUCUUGGGAAGGUCGUCCAACACAACUCACCCAAAUUCCCAACAUUGGUCCAGUUGGUAUGAGGAAACUGGCAAGCCAGGGCAUUCGGACAGUGUUAGAGCUGGCAGAGAAAGAGAGCGUUGAACUCGAGCGUCUCAUGUCCCGACAGCCACCGUUUGGAAAGAAACUAAAAGCAGAUCUUGACAAGUUCCCUCGUCUCGAUUUAGACGUGUCGGUCGUCAAAUACAUCACCCCCAAAAGACGCAAUGAAGACGUAAUACUCAACGUUCAAACGACACUCAAAUAUCUCAACAAGAACAGCCCCCCUAACUGGCUGGGCAGAUGUCCGAUGCUCACUUUCAUGAUCGAGUCUUCUAAUGAGAAUCUGCUAUACUUUUGGCGUGCAAGUCUCAGGAAGAUCGACAAACAGAUUGGGCUGGUACUUCCAGUUUCUGUUCCGUUGAAAAGUCCUGAUGAACGUAUCAUCUGUCACCUUAGCUGCGAGGAAAUCGUUGGAACGCUCGUUUCGAAAGUUCUGAAGCACGAGGUACCCCUAGCGGCUUUUCCAUCCCAGCAGUUUCGGCAGGGUAGAACAUCGCCCGCAAACGGAGGGCAAACGCAGCGGCUAUUGAAGGAAACAGCAGAAGAAUACGUAGGUGAUGAUGGAAUAGAUGACUCGGACCUGCUCCAAGCAGCUGAAGAAGCAACUUCCUGUGCUCCUGUCAUUCAUGGAGCCAAGUGCCAAGUAGAAUCAGACCCCGACGAGUAUCCUGAGGUGGAAGAGCUCAUGGAAGUCGCGGCACAAACGAGCGAGCCAGUGCAUCAAAAGUUCGACAGACAUAUGGCUGCGAAUGAGGUUGAUGACUCGUGGGACAUGGAGAACAGCCAGAUGCUGGACCGUGAGCCUGUGCAAUUGCCUAACGGGAGAUGGCAGUGCAACCAUGCUUGCAGUGGAGGAGCACCUACGAAAUCGGGGAAGCCCUGUACUCACAAGUGUUGUCAUGAGGGGCUCGAGAAACCAAGAAAGCGACCUAACAAAAAGCGCAAGGAGACAGAGCAAGGCAAUAAGCAGAGCGAGUCUCAGAGCGUAUUGACCCAAACGUCAUUUGAGGCGUUGAGCAAGACAUCAACAGGAAGUCAAGCGACCGCCAACAAGACAAUCCCACGCGCCGCAACAGAGAAGGAGGCAUUCGAGAAGCCCUACGCGCCGGUAAACAAGAAGCCUAAGUUGGAACUGUCCUUGCAGAAGCAAACCAUCGACGGCGUCGAUUUUGACUACAUUGACCUUUCCUAUGAUGAUGACGAGUUUGAAGAUAUUGCGGCCGGCGUUCAGCGGAAGACAACCGCAACAACCACUGUCUACCAGGGGCAACGCGCCAACACUAAGAGCCAGUCUUCACACAAUGAGGCUUGGGGAGUCGCUCAGGCACAAACUGAAGGUACGAGAGGUUCCGCGGCGCCAUCAUCACAGGACCUGAUGGCGGAUCAGAGCAUCGCGUUUCCUCUGUCAACCCAGGUCUAUGGGGAUGACCCAUUUGACGCCGGCAAUCUUGCACUCCUUGAUAGCAUGAUGUUGCAAGCAAGUAACAGACACACAGCCAAAUCGCCCUUCAGCAUUGGCGGGAAGGAUCAAGUUUUCUACCAGACUCCUUCCAGCCGGUCUCUCGAACUUGGCAUGAACUUGACCGAUGAACUCGUUCCGCUCAAUCCACAGUCCGCGGGGAACAUCGACCAGUCAGCCACCGUGACUGAUCUCGACUGGGACGACGUACCAAUGGAAGGUAAAGAUCCUAUGAACGAUGACCGAUCUGUUUCUUACACCAUCGAAGCUCCUUCUCCACACGAACUUGCCCACGGCAGUCCCCAGACCCCCAACGUUGUCGAGAGUAAUGAGGCCAAAGACCAGAGCCGAAAGAUAGAGGGUGAGCCGGAGUGGGUAUCGACCAUGGACCCUGAUGUUGUUGACAUGCUUCGAGGCUUUGUGACAUUCGUGUGA